GCCGUCCGUCGCCACUAAACGCCCCGACCGACCACAACCAACACGCAAAGUGAACCGAGAGCUCGGCUUGGCGGAAAUCGCCAUCUUGUGCUAACGGCAGCCAGCAGGCCGCGCGUCCGCCAUUGAAUGGGACAAACAUACGAGCCGUCGUCCCUCUUAUAAGUCCGAGCACGCGGCCGUCCGACGGCCAGGCAACAAUUGUGUUCCGGUCGUUAGUUUAUUGAGCCUAAUGGCCGCUCCGCGUCGCUCUUUGACGAGACGAACGCCAAGCAGCUGCUUUCCCCUCGAACAGGAAAAUGUUUGCAUUUAUGCGUCAUGCCGUUUCGGCCAACCGCCCCAGCUUCCACUCAACCACUUGGCGUCCAAUAUUGGGUUUGAACUUGGGAUUCGUGACCUGCUUUGACUGUUAGCGGCUUCAUGCUAAUUGUUAGCGCUUUGAAAAACGCCUGCUCGUGACGUCACGACAACAUUCAGGCACUCUGAAGCGCGUGCCCGCCGUCCAAAACAUUGUACCACGUCAUUAUGAAAACUUUUAGCGCCAUCUACCUUCCACGCUUUUCACCAUAGUUUGUAUUUGUCACCUUUCAAACGUGUGCUUUCAUGUUUCCUUCCGUUGUCAACAUGCCAACAAUACUCCACUUGAUUAUCAGUAGCGCAAGAGAAUGGAAGCAACGCGAUGGUCGGUGUGAUCCAAUCAAAUCGGUGCCACCUCAAUCAAAACCAUUUAAUUACGCUUUGUCAAAUCAUUCCAAACGCGCGUCACCGGGCCUACGAGCUUCAUCCAGCAAAGGAUGCAUGUGAUGGGCACGCGCAGAUGGCCGAGACGGUGAAGUACGUGGACGAGGAGCACAAGAACGUCUUCCUCAAGUUGCUGAACGAGCAGCGUCUGGAGGGCGAGCACUGCGACAUCGCCGUGGUGGUGGAAGACGUCAAGUUCCGCGCUCACCGCUGCGUGUUGGCGGCCUGCUCCAACUACUUCAAAAAACUCUUCAAAAAACACGAGGUGGACAACUCGUCGGUGAUCGAGAUUGACUUCAUCCGCUCGGACAUCUUUGAAGAGGUGUUGAACUACAUGUACACAGCCAAAAUCUCCGUCAAGAAGAGGGACAUCAACCUGAUGAUGUCAUCGGGACAAAUCCUAGGCAUCCGCUUCCUCGACAAACUCUGCUCUCAGAAACGAGAAGACGCACCGUCCGAGGAGAAGGACAAGUUUCCUUACGACAUUGUCAAGAUGGCUCUGCCUCCCGAGGCUCAGCUGGUCGCCGAGGCCGAGGUUCUCGGGGAGCAUGAGGACACGCCCAGCGCAGAAGACCUGGUCUCGGCCAAUCAGGAGCUGGACAAAUCUCCCAACGCGGCGGCGCUGCGUGUGCAGGAAGCCAUUCUGAAGGAACUGGCCAACGAGCACGUACACAAGGUGGCCUGCUACGACCAAGACGUGGUGGCGGACAUGGAGGCGGAGCCAAAGGAACUGGGUGCGGAGCACCACGCCACGCAGACGCUAGCCUUUGCCGACAGCAUGGGCGAGGUGAAAGACGAGCAGCCGCCCGCUUGGGCAGCGGCCGCCGACAUGAAGUUUGAAUAUCUGCUCUAUGGACAUCGAGAACAGCUGGCGUGUCACGUCUGCGCCAAGACCUUCUUGGACGAAUCCAGACUCAGGAAACACGAGAAGCUCCAUUCGGCCGAGCGACCGUUCGCGUGCGAGAUCUGCGCCAAAGCCUUCACCACCCACGCUCACCUCAAAGAGCACCUGAAGAUCCACACGGGCUUCAAGCCGUAUAGAUGCGAAGCCUGCGGGAAAUCCUUCAUUCGGGCUCCUGACCUAAAAAAACACGAACGAGUCCACAGCAACGAGCGGCCAUUUGCCUGCCAGAUGUGUGACAAGGCCUUCAAGCACAAGUCCCACCUGAAAGAUCAUGAACGGCGGCACCGAGGAGAAAAGCCAUUUGUGUGCGCGUCAUGCACGAAGGCCUUCGCCAAGGCGUCCGAUCUGAAGCGUCACGAGAACAACAUGCACAGCGAGAGGAAGUUGGCUAAUCCUCUGCAGAGUGACACGGAAGCCCUGCAGGCCGCCGCCAUGGCUGCCGAGGAGUCGCACGUGGACCACAUGAGCUGAUUCAAAUAAAACUCUUUGUUCAGUUUCAUGAGCACAAACGUCGAGGUGGCCGGCCGGCCGGCCAGUCGGCAUCCCGCUCGCUCCGUUCAGGGCUUGACCAGCCAUUCGCAGCCAGGGUUUUCGCGGUACACGUCCAGCAGAAGGCAGUCCGGGUGGAGACGCCGCUCGCCAAUGUUGCCCCCGACUUCAAAGAGACGCUGCGCGCCGCUGCACAGAGAUCACAUGACCCGGACGCCCAUUCCAUUGGUGUCGCUCGACCUGACGGCGGAUGCGCGCCGAGAAAGUUGAACGGAGGCAAUUGGACGCUUGCGGAAAAGUCUGCCGUGCUUCUCAUGACUUUUGUUUGCCAUCUGUUGUGAUUGCUUCAAAGCGCACGAUUGUGAGAGUUCCCAAGCAGCAGCCAGUCCAGUUGCCUUCUUUCAACAUUAGCCGAACCCGGACAGAUGACAAAAUCAAAGUUCACGUGCGUGCUCGCGUGCUGCUCUGUACCUGCUGUUGUCGCACUUGAAGUGGGCAGUGACAUCUUGGGCUGUCAUCUGCCUGUCGAGCUGUAUUGCCAUAGAAACUUUGGCGUGGAACGGAGCGUAAACCUUAAUGAUGCCUUCGCACAGCUCGGUCACCUUGACAACACAUGCGACGGCUUCACUUUUGGGUUGGAGGCCUCCUUAAAACGGAAGGCCACACCAGGAGCUCCUUUUGGGGGCUGACAGCUCCCUCAGCGUGGUUGCUUGUGUACAGGGACAACUUGAAUUAUGGAGAGUAAAAGUUCUUACCUGC